AUGCAUGACGCACUCCGUCCGCUCCGGCCAAUCCUCAACCCGUACACCCACGGCCGCCCGUACAGCACUGCGUCGGCACCCAAAGCCAGAGCCUUGAUUACCGACAGGACCGAGAGCGUCGAGCGCCGAAAUCGACCCGUCGACCUGACGCCCACCAUGGUUGCUCACCACAAUGCCGUUGGCGCCGGCCGCGACGGCCUCACGUGCGUCGUCGGGAUGGACAAUUCCCUUCACCGCGAUCGGAAGUGUCGUCCACUGGCGAAGUUUCGCGAUAUCCGCGAUCCGCACCGCGUGAUUGCCGAACAACGACACCCACGUGAGAACCGCGAUCUGCAGGGCUUCUGCACUCUCCUCGGGAGGCGUCGCCAAUUUGGCGCGGAACACCGGAUCCGACAGAUAGUUGGCAAUACCCUUCGCCUGCAGGAACGGAAGGUGACCGAGCUCGAGAUCCCUGGACGCCAACCCAUACCGGGAGUAUCGGCAGUCAGGACGAUAGCCUUCGCGCCCGCCGUCUCCGCCCGACGGACAAACGACUCGGCAAGCUCGUCGUCGGCCGGCCAGUACAGCUGGUACCACCAGUUAUCGCCCGAGGCCGCCGCUACGUCUUCGAUGGUCGAAGACGCCGCCGUCGAGAGAAUCGAUCCGAUCCCCAACUCGGCAGUGACCGAACCGACCGCAACCUCGGCGUCGUCGUGGACCAAGCCGAGCACUCCCACCGGAGCCGUCAGAAUCGGUGCGGCCAACCGCGUCCCCAACACCUCGACGCUCAGAUCGCGCGCGUCGGGCGCCGCAGUCCCCGCAACAUCCGCGGCACGAUCGCAUGCUUGUCGAACGCCCGCAGAUUCGACACCGCGGUCCGUUCGGUCGACGCGCUACCGGCGAUGUACCCGAAAGCCUCUGGUGAGAGUUGCUUCGCGCGCGGCAUCUUCCAAGCCCGCCGCAGUCAUCGGCAAGCCGGCUUCGCGCCGCUCAGUCCCUCACGUCCGCGACGGUAGCGGCAAAACACCCGUCAGCGGGGAGAUUGCUAGCGUCGUAUCCAUGUACGCCAUAACGAUCGAUCAGCCCGGCGGUCCUGAGGUCAUGAAAUGGGCGCAGCAGCCCGAUCCUGAACUACCUCGCGGGCAUCGUACUCGUCGAGGUCGCCGCGACCGCAGUCAACCGCGCCGACCUGCUCCAACGUCAAGGCUUCACCGCCGCCGCUCGGCGAGUGACAUUCUCGGCCUCGAAUGCUCGGGUGUGAUCACCGAACUCGGCGAAGACGUCACCGGUUGGUCCGUCGGCGACGAAGUCUCGCAUUGCUGGCCGGCGGUGGCUAUGCCGCGAGAAGGUUGCGGUCCCGGCAACACAACUUCUCCCGUUCCCGCGGGCGUCGAUCUCCGUGUCGCAGCGUCUCUGCCGGAAGUUGCGUGCACGGUGUGGUCGAACGUCGUAAUGCGCGGCGGCCUACGACGCGGACAGGUACUACUCGUCCAUGGCGGUGGCGGCGGAAUCGGCACCCACGCCAUCCAGGUCGGCAAAGCCCUCGGCGCUCCGCGUCGCAGUUACCGCGGGUUCGGAGGACAAAUUGAACCGCUGCCGCGAAUUGGGCGCGGAUAUUCUCAUCAACUACCGCGACAGCGACCACGUAGCAUCACUGCCGAAGCCACCGACAACCACGGCGCCGAUGUGGUUCUGGACAACAUGGGAGCGUCGUACCUGGCGGCAACGUCGACGCACUCGCCAUGGACGGCCACGUCG